AUGAGCGAGGAAUUUGAAGACGAUAAGAGCGCAAACAGCGGCGAGGAGGGCGACGUCGAAUUCGAAGAGGAGGAGGAAGAGGAGGACCUCGAGAAUGAUUGCGAGCUGAGCAUGAAAGCCGUGCAAUUGGCGAGCGAACAAGAGGGUCAUUUGGAGUCUCCGAUCAACUUGGACAUCAGCAAGAUGAUUAGAAUCAGCUUGACGCCUAUUAUGUGGUACAACCACGAGCAAUUGCCCAAGAAAAUCAAGCUCACUAAUACCGGCUACACGGUGAUCUACAGCGCAAAGUGGCAAGAUGAGCGACCCUACAUAAGCGACGGUCCGUUGUUUGGGAAAUACGUAUUUUCGCAGCUGCACUUUCACUGGGGCGAGACCGAAAUGGUCGGAAGCGAGCAUCACGUUGAUGGAAGUUGCAUGGCGAUGGAGAUGCACGCCGUCCAUUUCAAAGCCGAUUACAUGAAUCAAGAGGAAGCGUCGCGUUUUAACGACGGUGUCAUAAUUUUGGUUUAUUUUUUUAAGCUGCAACCGGAAGACAACGAGAUGUUCAAAAACAUAACGUCGUCGCUGAGCCUGAUCGAGAAAGCCGGUGACUCGAAGCAUCUGAAUCCGCGCUAUCCGUUCGUCGAGCUGCUGCGGCCCUUCUCCGAGGACUACUUCGUCUAUUGGAGCAAUUUGACGGGCAAAACGAGCCAACGCGUGCUCUGGCUCUUGUGCCGCGAGCCCCUCGGUAUCAGCCACGAACAGGUGCUGAAAUUUCAAGGACUGCUCGAUCGUCAAGGCGAGCCCAUUAUGCACAACUGUCGGCCCUUGGCCAAAGCUCUGCCCUCGAACGAGCGGCGUCGGGUCUUUCACGUGAAUCCGUCGGGAGUUUGCGCUUACACGCUGAUGCAGCUCAUAUCCAGGGAUCCGCCGGCUUACACGGUCAACCAGAUCGAGGAGAUGGUGAGAAAUUACGACGAGUUCGUCAAUGCCAAAGCGCAAUGA